AUGCCGGCACUGCACUUCCUCACCCUCCCGCCGGAAGUGCGCGAGCACAUCUACACCCUCCUCCUGCGCCCCGACGCCAACCGACUGUUCGAGCCCGAUGAAUACACCGACUACAACUACGCUCCGGCCCUCGUGCUCUUCCGCCUGAACCGCCAAAUCUACGCCGAAGCCCGCAAGGUCUUCCGCCACCUCAACAUCUUCGUGCGCAUCGAGACGCCCUGGCCCGAAGCGCGCGAGCACGUGCAGAGCGAAGGCCACACCCCCAUUCUCAUGAAGAAGGAGCGCGCCGAGCGCUUCACCGGGCACACGCUCAACGUCGUCAUCGACGCUCCUCAAUCGCCUAUCCAGGACGCCGACGUCGAGCGCUUCGUCAUCCACCUCGCGGACCUCGAGAAGUUCACCAAGAGCUGGUACUACGCCGACCUGUCCCACCCGGGGCUGAACAGCUUCCUCCGGCUUUCUCUCCACCUCCGCGACCCGUACACCCCCGAUUGGGACGAGAAGCGCAUGCCCAAAUGGCUGCAGCGUGCACUCCUCCUCCCUUUCGGCAUGGUCAAAGACCUCCGUGAGACCGUCAUCACCGGCGACCCCGAACCUCUCCCGUCCAUCGAAACCGAGCUCCGCGCGGCACAAGCUGUACCACACAAGAGUGCAGAGUACUGCCUGCACGAAGCCACGCGGCUGAAACUCGAGGGCAACGCCGCCCUAGCAAAAGAAGACUACACCCUCGCGCUGGAGAAAUACCGAGAAGCCUGGGAGGCCAUGCACGUCGUUGUCAAGGGGCGGCAAAGACACAUUCACGCCGAUGCCUUUUUCGGCCGCGAGCUGGCCGAGCCGCCUUUCGAGGGGAAGAACGGGCAGCAGGAGCGUCUUAUUUUGCGCGUGCAUCUAGUGGCCAACACUAUUCUCGUGUACUUGAAGCUCCAGGACUGGUACGAGGCCACUUUCUGGGGCAUGCGGACUAUCCGCAUGCUGCGGCAGGCCAUGGGACUGGAUGAGAAUGCAGUGAUGCCGGCGGAUGAGGAGGCGGUGUUGAAUUUCCCGGCCAUGGAGCAGAUGGGCAAAAUUUACUAUCGUACCGGCGUGGCGUGGCGGGAGCUGGGCGACACAGAUGCGGCGCGGAGAUUAUUGCGUGUUGCGGCUGUUUAUUUGCCGCGGGAUGAGAAGGUGCGCUCGGAUCUUGGAGGGCUGACGCUGAGAUUGGGAUAA